AUGGUGAGAAUGAAUCACUUUUUGCCUCUGGUAUUCAUUUAGCUCUUGUUAUCUUAUGGCUCUGAAAUCCCAGCGUGUGGGAAAAAAUCUGACAAAAUGGAUCAAGUCAAUCCCAAUGUUCAAGGGUUAACCUGGGACUGACAGAACGUUGGCAUUUCACAGGUGAUUUCAAUUAUGUCAAACCCACCAGAUGCAUUUGUAUUUACAGCCGGUUUAAUUUGUUGCCGUCUGUGAAUGAGCUGAGAUCGGCUCAAGCUGCCAGCCAGUGAGUGGCAUUUGUAUUGCUGGCAGGCCUUUGCCUGUCUGUCUUUCUUUCUUCCAUUCCCCCUCUGUUUGAAUGCCAAUGAGACAAGCCUGUAGGGCCUGCCCGCACACCCUGGCCUUUGACUGAAGUGAAAUCAAUCAGGCCUUCAAUCGCUCUCUAAAGGACCAUUAUCCAACCUUCCCUCCUUGUCUAACAGGCUAUGCCUAUCUGUCUGUGUGUUUUCUGUCCGUGUGUUGUCUGUCUGUCUAAUUCCACCUUACAGUUGACUCUCUCUUCUACAUUUACACUGUAUCCAGCGGACAAGAAACAAAGCAAGGACGUUGUGGAAUUCUGGUUCUGUUCUGUCUGGUUCUGAAGUUCUUUUGGGAUAAAAGACUCCUAAACAUGAAGAAAUAAAGUUUCAAGUCAGGUGGUUCCAAAAGGUUCUGACAAAGUCACAGUGAUAUGUCCUCUCGUACAAAUUCCCAUGUGUAACAUAUAGUAGAUGUCUGGGGAGUAGUUUCCGUUGUGGAAUUGAACAAUUACUAGUUUGGCAUUAAAUACUUGGCUUACACUAGAGUUUUCUUGUCUCCAUAGAUCCCUCAGAUCAGCUAUGCAUCCACGGCGCCCGAGCUGAGUGACAACACACGCUACGACUUCUUCUCCCGUGUGGUGCCACCGGACUCCUACCAAGCUCAGGCCAUGUUGGACAUCGUCACGGCGAUGGGCUGGAACUAUGUGUCGACCCUGGCCUCGGAGGGGAAUUAUGGAGAAAGUGGCGUGGAGGCUUUUGUCCAGAUCUCCAGAGAGUCUGGUAGGUGUGAUGGGGCUCUUUUUACUGGCACAACAUGGCUGCUCACUGAGGCUUUUACUGAAACUCUGAUUAAGAUAUUUAUAUUUUUUCAACUAGACCUGGCUGCUAAAUGUGGGCUGUUUUUGUGACACCAUGCUGAAGGAUAAACAAAUGCAAUUGAAUCCAAAAGUGUCUUCCCAUGCUAAUAUACAGCAACAUUUUUAUUCUACUAAGAACAACUGCUUGUUUGGGGAUGUAUGAGAAACUUGAAUUGUGCUGAAAGGAAGAUGUGUUCCCUUGUGUGGGAGAUGUGUACUGUUGGUCAGUGUUUUACGCUCUGCCUGCAUGCAUUGCCCCAAUGUUUGACUCAAACACUGUCUUGCCUAGUUUGGCAGAGUGCACCUCAGCAUUUGCUGUCUCAACAGCAGGGGAUACCUUGAAGGUUCACGUGUCAAGUCGCUGAAUGUCAAAAUAGACUGCCAGGGGACAGUCUAAGACAAAAAACACAGAGAGCAUCUCUGCUUUCUCUUUUAAUCUUGCUUGUUCUUUGCUCAGAGAGACUGCUAAGGCAUUAGGGUAUGGCCUCUCCCAUUCACCAAUCAAAACGUAUUUACAGCUAGCAAUUAUUAAAAAGAUGUUACAUUACGCACCAGAAUAAAUGAUUGCUCCACAAUUUUAACGAUGCAUCAGAGGGUAAGGGAAGGGUGUGGAACAUUUCAAAGUGGUCUGUGAACAUUUGUAUUAUGUUGAUAAAUGAAUAUAGCGAUAGGUAAUGUAAUUGAUUCUCCGUAUAAUCACCAGUAAGUUCACAGAUGUCUUUUUCUAGGAGCUGUGUCAUAAUCAAACUCAGUUCUCUCUGAGGCCUUUGAUUAAAGUAUUAUGGCAGCUUUCGUCAGGGUGGACAAAAGGCAGCACAUGAAUUAUAUUGUAAUUGCUGAAUAGAAAUUAAUCAGCUGUAACAUGUAUGUGUGAGAUUAACAGAGUGUGUGCGCAGUAGCCCCGGGGCUGUAUCUCUGGGCAGCAUGGGAGCAGGAGAGCACCAACCUAAUCCUUCAGGGCCGGAGCGGUCGCCGGUUCAUCUCUCCGUGGCACUUAAUGGAUCAAGUAUAGUCAUUGAUUGGAUUGAGAGUCCACCCACCUGUUUUCUUGGGACAGAAUCAGUUGCUUAGUUCAUAGAUACUGAGUGCAGAGUAAUGUUAUACCAGUGGUUCUCAAACCUCUCCUCGGGGACCCCAGAUAUUUUAUGAUUUUGUUGUAGCCCUGAACUACCUGAUUCACUAGUUGACAAGUUGAAUCAGGUGUGUUAGCUCUGGAACAAAUAAAAUACAUGGAACGGUUGGACGACCACUGUGUUAUACAGCGCAGGCAGAAAUGUAAUAAGUAGAAUGGACAUACAACUCUGUAGUACAUAGAAAUUCUUCCACACUCCACAUUCCAAUAAAUGCAGGGUGGAAUGCUGACUUUAAGGUAGCGGUUGGCAUCCUCUGGCUGUCCUGUACUUCUACUCUCCCACUGAACAUUCAGGAGAGUCCAGGGCAGGAAGGAAUAGUGGAAAACGAGCGGUGCUGGGACCGUUCCCGUAUUAGUGCUCUACAUUCUUAGAAAAAAAGGUGUUAUCUUCAACCUUAAAGGGUUCUUUGGCUGUCCCCAUAGGAUAACCAUUUGAAAAACCAUUUUGGGUUCCAUGUAGAACCCUUUCUACAGAGGGUUCUACAUGGAACCCAAAUGGGUUCUACCUGGAACCAAAAAGGGUUCUACCUGGAACCAAAAAGGGUUCUCCUAUGGGGACAGCCGAAGAACCCUUUUGGAACCCUUUUUUCUAAGUGUAUCUCCUGUGUUUUGUUAGCCCUGAAAUAGGUUGAAGGGAUUUUCCUGUAUGAGAGUCUCCCUUUGGGUCUGUCAACAGUUCCAGAUUUCCAGCUGCAGCCCUAG